AUGAUUAACCCAACGCUUUAUUGACUUUAAAAAGUUAAAUGCCCGUCUCUUAUGGCGCAAGGCUGCCCGCAUUGUUCCUCAGUCUGAUCUUCUUUCUUUCAGCUUGGAGGGGGAAAAAAUCACAGACAGUGGCCUUUAGAGCAGCUGGUUAUUGUCAAAACGCGUGUAGGCGAGGAGUAGAUUGUAAACUGUGAAUCCGUGGGAACCCAGCACAUGACGAAGGCCUGCACGCUGUAUUCAUCACCGGACCCUGACUCCAUGCACACAACAAUGUGUCUUGGGUCCCUGCUGUUGUUAGCGGAAUGCCAAAUCCCACUGCAGCCUCCUCCAUGCAUAAUGUCAAUAACAUUGCGGGGAUUUUUUUUCCCCAACAGGAGAGUGCAAAAGAAUUAAUUAAAUGCAUUAUGGUCGACACAAAAGGACAGAGUAAUGAAAGAUUAAUGUGGAUGUUUUCUUUUUUAAAUGUAGAAUUUAUUUAAACAUACAGGCUGCAUUAAACCAAAUAUUUAGUUGGCUUCACUUCCUCUCUUUGUAGCCAGAACCUGCUUAAUAUACCUGUAGGCUGCUAGAAGACCAAACACUCAAACCAAACCAUCAUCUUCAUUGGUCACGGAUCCAUAGUUAAGGCAUGCUGCCUGUGUGAGUGGGAGUGCCUUGCCAUAAGUUUUGCCGUCACUUGAUUGCUGUCGGUGUCGUAGAGGGGGCUGUACUACAGUCUGUCUGCCAUGUGGACACUGAUGCUGCUGCUGAUGCUGCUGCUGGCGCAACACAAACCAGGCGCACACACCGACAGAGGAGCAGAGAGAGGAGGACGGCGAGCAGGAGGGAGGCGGUGCUGCACGGACAACUGCGUCCCACUCCUAAAGCAAACAUCUUUACAUCCUCCAACAACAAAAACCCUUCUUAUCGCGCCGUCAUUCACUUGAUCACAGCUUUCUCAUUCACGACGGAAGGGGAGCUGCGCCAACAUUAGAGCUUCCAGGCCUCCAAGGAUGGACUCCGUACCUGCGGGGCGAGACUCCAGCUCCUCGCCAAGCUCCAAACAAGAACUUACCUACCCGAGCACCACCAGCCUAAAACCCAACCAGGUGGGAGAGACGGUGCUGUACGGAAUACCCAUCGUGUCUUUGGUGAUAGAUGGCCAGGAGAGACUUUGCCUUGCGCAGAUAUCUAACACCCUGUUGAAGAAUUACAGCUAUAACGAGAUACACAACAGGCGUGUGGCGCUUGGGAUCACCUGCGUCCAGUGCACCCCUGUCCAGCUGGAGAUCCUGCGGAGAGCCGGAGCGAUGCCGAUCUCCUCCAGGCGCUGCGGGAUGAUCACUAAACGCGAGGCCGAGAGACUUUGUAAGUCGUUUCUAGGAGCUCAUUCGCCUCCAAAACUUCCAGAAAAUUUUGCCUUUGAUGUGUCCCAUGAAUGCGCCUGGGGGAGUCGAGGCAGCUUCAUCCCGGCCAGAUACAACAGCUCCAGGGCCAAGUGCAUCAAGUGCACCUACUGCAACAUGUAUUUUUCUCCUAAUAAAUUCAUAUUUCAUUCGCAUCGCACGCCGGAGUCGAAGUACACACAGCCAGAUGCGGCAAAUUUUAAUUCCUGGAGGCGACACCUUAAAUUAACAGAUAAAAGCUCGCAGACAGACAUAUUACACGCAUGGGAAGAUGUGAAGGCCAUGUUCAACGGGGGCAGUCGCAAGAGGACGCUGCCUGGAUGUGGGUCAGAGUCCAGCUCUUCGUCAAAAUCACAUGGACCAAGGCUAGACUCACCUGAGAUACCUCCAAAAAUCCUCAGCUGCGAGGACAACCGGGGCGGCAUGCCGAGCACGCGCAGCUACCCAGUCAUCCCUGUGCCCAGUAAAGGCUUUGGGAUGCUGCAGAAGAUCCCACCGCCGCUCUUCGCUCAUCCGUACGGGUUCCCAGCUUUCGGCCUGUGCCAGAAAAAAGAAGACAGUAUGAUGGGAGAGCAGAGCAAAGCCGGCCUCCCAGGUGUCCUCUGGCCUAGUACCAAGGACAGCGCCUAUCACUCUUUCCCCAUGUUCUGGCCGGCGGCGGGCGCGCUGCCCAUGCCUCCGUACCCCCAGACUCAGCACAAACCCCCAACAGAGCUGCUGUGCCCACCCAGACAGACUGACAUGGACAUUUCUGAGCACAGCGAUCGGAGCACCAACACCUCAAAAGACAGCUUGGUUGAUAACGACCGAUGCUCCAGCACCCAGUCCACGCGUAACGAAGACGAUAAGUCAGGGGAUGAGGCGAGGCCGCUGGAGGGGAUGACCCUUGCGCCCCGGAAAAUCAGCUACGUCUCCGCCUUCAGACCCGUUAUCAAAGACGCCGAGUGUAUCGCCAAGCUGUACGGCAACAGGGGCGCUUACAACGGGUGUCGCACCGGCUAUUUAUCGCCCGAUUUUUUAAGUGAGAGCUCAAGCUACCGGUCCAUGUCCCCCUGCGUGGACAGUGAGGGCGAGCCGGACGUGGACGUGGAGUCAAAUAAAACACCAGAGGACGAGGACUCCCGGCCUCUUUCCUCGGUGUGUCCUCGGACUCCUCCCGGUUUGUCUCACAGUGUUUCACCACACGAUUCAGACUCCAAGGGCGUGCAGGAGAGCAGUCUGGUUGACUCCCAGAAAAUGAGCCUCCACGUGGCCCAGUCCUCUGAAAGAGAACUGCAGAGCAAGCAAUUAUCAGAGACCCACGUAGCUGCGUCUUUCACUGAAGUUUACACACCGGAGAGAAGUGAGCUGCAACAAAGGAGCAGUCCGUAUCAGCUCAGACCUGCGAAUUACCAGACUACAGCACAUGAUGAGAGUGCGAGUAAAGAGGAGCCGUCUUCCACAGUGGAGAUCGAAACGAAAUCUUUUAAUGAACAAAGCAGCGAUGAAAACCAGCGAGAGCCGGAUGAGGGCGAUGACGCGCCAGUCAGAGCUCAGCCAACACAAAGAGACAUUCAAAGUCUGGCAAAAGACGAACUACAGAAGCAACUGUUGGAGCAAGUUGAGCUGAGGAAAAAGCUGGAACGUGAAUUUCAGCAUUUAAAAGACAAUUUUCAAGAUCAAAUGAAAAGGGAACUUUCCUACAGGGAGGAGAUGGUUCAGCAGCUUCACAUCGUCAGAGAAGCUCACGACGCUUUGCACCAUUUUUCGUGUAAGAUGUUAACUCCUCGCCACUGCACCGGCUCCUGCUCCUUCAAAUCUCCUCUGCUGCCACCCUGAAUCAAACUGCUUCAUAUUUCUGUAGCUGAGGAUCAUAAGGACACUUCUACAGCUUCUGUCCGAUGGCCCUAAAACCUCCAGGGACGCUUUGAGGAAUCAUCUGAAAAUAGACACUUGUAAUUACUUGUAAUAGCCUAUUUAAAAAAAAAGAAAGAAAAAAGUGUAUCUCUACUGUCAGCAUUUAUUUAACCAUCUUGCAUUACGGUGAAGUUUGUUUUACUGAAAUGAUACCAUUGAUGAUAUUUAUUAUUUGUGGCAAAGUGCAAUGACAAUGUAUGUAUCUUGUAAUAGUUAGAGGUUGUUAUUUCGGUUUUCUGUUGUCAAUAGCAGCUUUGACUAGCCAAUUCAUUGCUCCUUAUCCUCUCAGUAUUGUGAAUUAGCCUACUACUUUUGCUGUGUUCUUCUUUGCAGGCCAGUAGCUUAUAUAACUUUGGAUAUUAUGCACUUUACACGAGUGAUGGAAUUAACCACAAAAAGUAUCGAAAUAGGCCCACAAUAUAAUUAUUUGUAGCAGUCAAACACAUGCCUGUUUGUUUUUUGAAGAUUUAACAAACACAGAAGUUAGUAGGCUAAAUUAGUACACCCGCGAUCUUGUAUAGCACAUAUUCUAUUAAGAGUAGCCUAUUUGUUCAUGUAAUAUUUGUUUUCAUCGCUA